UGUGCGAUUUUCUUUUUUCCCCCCUCAAGUCAGAGAGAAAAGAAAAAAAGUCAGAAAACAUCUGCGCGCCUCAAGUUGUUUUAAGAAGAAAGAAGAAAAAGAAAAGAAAUAGACUGUAAAGACUGAAGAUUGUCUCAAUGUUUUUCUCUUUUUUGGAACAUUUUUGUACCUUUAAAAGCGGGUCAGACAUUGGGUCGGUGUGACUCAUUGCGUGUGUCUGUGGAGGAUGACACCGGGGUGUGUGGUCGCCUUCAGGCGGACCCCUUGUUCGGCCGGCGGCUACCAAGACCUCUGACAGUCCUCCUCUUCUUGGGGGUACUGAAUCAGAACCAGAACCAAAACAAGCAGGACGGGCCUGUUGCAAGAACUGGAUCCAGGAUGUCCUGCGGUCCAUUGGUAGUGGGUCUUCUCUUUAGGGUCCUGCUGCCCCUCAGCUUGACCGCAGCUGCUUUGCUGCGUUUUAACGGCUUCUCGCUGGUUUACGUCCUCCUGCUGUUUCUGCUGCCCCUGCUGCCGGAACCCAGCACGUCCCAGGGCGCAGGUAACACAAGUCGCUGUGUGACAGCUAUUUGUGUAUCCAGUUUCCUCUUCCUGAUACUGCAGACAUUCUUUCAGCUGACCACGACAACACUACAACCGGAGUACAACUGCACGUCCUGGCAAAAAGCGCUGAGUCAGCUGGGAUUGGUCAGCCUUACAGGAAGUGAUGUGGCCUCCGCUGUGCGACACAUCCUUCCAGAUGUUGGCGUGCUGGUUGUCGGCCUGGUGACAUGGAGGCUGAGCCUGAGAUUGACCCCUGAAACACACACGCAGCAGCACGGACCUCAGGAUGAUCAGGUUUUUCAAGAGGAAGAAGAGGGAACCAAAAGGAACCGCAUUCUGGCUGAACUGGAAGUAUUGGUCUGCAAAACUAGGAUAAUGUUCGCAAACAUGAUGACCACUGGAGGGAAAGUUCUGCUGACAGUUUUGCUUGGACUCACAGGCAUCGUGCUACCGUCCCUUUCCUCCCUCCCCUACCUGCUGUGUUUCCAAUUGGUUUGUACCUGGUGGGCAAGGUCUGGUUGGGUCCCACCCCUCGUCUUCAGGUGUUUGUCCGUGAUGUCACUGGUCUACUCCUCCUGCCACUUCUUGCUUGUGUACUCCUACCAGCUGCCAUCACUGCAGGAGGCGUGGCUUCCCAACCAGACCUCUGCAAGUGUGUUUGGCAUGCUGCCUCUGGUGUCUGUGGACUGCACCGCCCCCUGGAGAAUGCAAGUGAACCCAGAGCUCAGCUGGUUUCAUUUUGUCAGUCCUCUGAUGUUGUUGCUGCUUUUCCACACUGUCGCCAGUCUCUGGAGGAACCAGUUGAUUGCUGGCAAAACGGCACAGAGUGCAGACAAGACGGAAUCAGCGGAUCCCGGUAGCUGUGACAUCAUAACUGCCACAAGCUUUAUCAGUGAUGAGGUCAGCAGUGAUAUCACAGCGGAGAGGCGGAGAGAGCUGUGGAGGGAAGCUCAUGAUGGGUGUGGCUACAAAGAUGUUUUGGAUACUUCCACUUACGACAGUCCCUCUGAGUCUUUGGCCCAGCCCACACAAAGCACAGCCCUCGAGUUGGACACACCUCACUACUCCCUUAGCCAAUCAGACACUUUGGAAACGUGUGCCUUUGAAGCAGAUGCUGAUGCAUGGGAAGAGGUGGCAGAAGCACCAGGUGCGGGUGUGGCGUCCAUGGCCUUUGGCUUCCUGCUCAAGCAGAGUUAUAUCGCCGCUUUGAUUGCCAUGAUGGCAUGGUCCAUCACAUAUGUGUCGUGGAUGACGUGUGUGCUGCUCAUCUGGUCGUGUGCGCUCUGGAUGAUGCGUGAGCGACGCCGCUAUACGCUCAUGUCUUCACCAUGGCUGGUGGCCUAUGGCAACCUGCUUCUGAUCCUGCAGUACAUCCACAGCUUUGCUGCUGUCCAUGAAGUCCCUGGACUAUUCCCGAAAAAAGACGAUCCCUGCAGAGAGCUUGCCUCCAAGCUGAUGUGUUUGUUGACGUUCUGGCUGUUGCUGCGUCAAGCACUUACAGAGAAGAAAGACAGACAGAAAGACACAGAGACGCAAUCGCAGCUGUCUGCCAUAACCAUCCAUAUCAAAGAUGAUCAGAAAGCAGAGGAAGAGAAGAUACAAGAGAUUUCCUAUGAGAAGCUGCUUCUGUUGAGCGGAGGAGUUCAGAUGGAGGCACUUGUAGCUGUUGUGACCAGGAUGUUUGUCAAAUACUGGAUCUAUGUCUGUGGAACAAUGUUUUUCUUUGUCAGUUUUGAAGGCAAAAUCGUCCUCUAUAAGGUCAUCUACAUGGUGAUGUUUCUGUGGUGUGUUGCCCUCUACCAGGUACCACUCCUGAUGGUUUGAAUAUUUAAAACACAGAUCUAAUUCUGUUUGUUCUCUUUGUCUCUGUAGCUGAACUAUGAAAAAUGGCGGGCCUUGUUGCGAGGCUUCUGGGUAGCCGUUGUCGUGUACUCCAUGUUGGUUCUAAUUCUAGUCUACACUUUCCAGUUCCCCUCGUCCCUACACACCUGGAGCUACUACACUGGUCUCAGCACUCACAGAUUGGAGGAUUUGGGUUUGGAGAAAUUCUCCGUUCCAGUUCUAUUCACCAGGAUCUUCAUUCCCACAGCGUUUCUACUGGUGUGCAUCGUACACCUGCACUACUUCCACAAGCCCUUUCUCCAGCUGACUGACCUCAAAACGGUGGUAGACACGCACAACAGCACCAUUACCAGGUUGGUUCACAGUGAGGGCAGCCUUGUGGAUCUGUCAGUGGAAGGUGCUUCUCAGUUCCCUGUAGAGGAGGAUGAAGGAGGAAUCUUGAUUGAAAAAGAGGAAGAAGAGAGUGAGGAGAAACAGAAACCAGAAGAAGAAGAAAAAGAGUACCCCUCUAUGUUUGAGGAGGACACCUUGUCUGACCACAUCACAGUGUUGGUGUCCUGGAGGUUGGUAGUCGAUCGACUGUCUGUCUUGUUCCUGCGCCUCCUUCUGUCUCUGCAGCGUUUGCAGCGCCUCCUCUGGUGGCUGCUGGAACUUCAUAUUGUCAAAAUCGUCUCCUCCUACAUGAUUUGGAUCUCAGUAAAAGAGGUGUGUAUGUUCAACCUACUGUUUGUGGUGUGUGUGGGAGUGGCUCUUCCCUGCAGGGCCUGGCGGCCCCUGUUGUCGGGGAUGUGUACAGUGUGGACCUGUGUGGUGGCAGUUUGUAAGAUGUUGUACCAGCUCAACGUUGUCCAGCCCAACACCUACAACUGCAGCACGCCAAGUAACUCCUCUACCAAUCUUUCUCGCUCGGUAUUGUACUCCAGUCCAAUUGACCCCGCCCAGUGGGUUGGCCUUCGCAAAUCUGAGGGAAAACUGCUUGACUACCUCAGGUACAACCUGAUGAUGCUCGCGCUGUUAGCUUUUGAGGUGACGGUUUACAGACACCAGGAGUUCUACCGUCUCCGUUGCAACAAAGUUCCGCCUCUAACAAGAACAUUGUUCCAUGACAUCACCAGGCGUCAUUUAGAUGAAAACAUGCUGAGCUGCGCCAAAUAUUUCCUCAAUUACUUCUUUUACAAGUUUGGCCUGGAGACUUGCUUUCUGUUGGCAGUUAAUGUGAUUGGUCAGAGAAUGGAUCUGUUCGCUGUCGGCCACGCUUUUGGGCUCAUCAGCGUCCUAUCAAGGCGCAGCAGGAAGCGGAUUAGUGCAGUGUGGCCUAAGUACUGCUACUUCCUGUCAGCGCUACUAUGUUUCCAGUAUCUGCUGUGCAUUGGAUUCCCUCCUGCUGCUUGCAAAGAUUAUCCAUGGCGACCACCUACAUCCAACAUGGACUCCAACGUAGUAAAAUGGCUUUUCCUCCCAGAUUAUCUGACUCCACCAAAUCCACUCUUCCUUCUCUACGACUUCCUGCUUCUGCUGGGCGCCUCACUGCAGCUUCAGGUGUUCGAGGAUGAACUUGAUGCCUGUGUCCAGACGCUGGCGGGGGACAACGGCGAGCUGGAAGCAGAAGACGGACAGGCUUGGGAUCCAGUCAUGAGGCUCAGUCUCAGCACCGUCCCUGACUUCAUGUUGUGCAGGUCCUACCUCGAUAUGAUGAAGAUUAUUAUUUUCUGCUACAUGUUCUGGUUUGUCCUCACUGUCAUCUUCAUCACUGGGACCACAAGGAUCAGCAUCUUCUGUAUGGGUUACCUGGUGGCAUGUUUUUACUUCCUUUUGGUGGGCGGAGACUUGCUGCUGAAACCUGUCAGCUCCAUCCUGGUCUACUGGGACUGUCUGAUCGGCUACAAUAUCUUUGUCAUCACCAUGAAGAACAUCCUUUCUAUCCUGGCAUGCGGUUUCAUCAAGUCGCUGGUUGUGAACCACUGUUGGCUGGUCCAGCUCUUCAGUCUGGCGUGCACCAUCCGGGGAUACACUAAACCGGAGCAGCAGAGCAGUAAACAGUGUGAGCUGCCAAGCGACGAGGCAGGGAUUAUUUGGGAUGGUGUGUGUUUCUGCUUCCUGUUGCUGCAGCGAAGGGUUUUUAGAAGUCACUACUUCCUGUAUGUGGUCCUGGAUCUGCAAAACACGCAAGUGCUUGCCUCCAGGGGGGCAGAGCUUUUUGAAGCGUCUACUGUGAAAGCGGUACGAGCGAGGCUGGAGGUGGAGAAGAUGUCCAUGGACCUGCUGAAGAGACAGAUGGAGAGGAUUAAAUCUCGCCAGCAGAAGUUUCGCAGAGGAAAAGAGAAAAUGCUCAGUUUGACGCAAAAGAGCAAUCAUAGUGAUGCACAUGAAAAGUCAAAAGGGCGGCAUCAUGGCGAAUGGUGGAGACCCUGGGUGAACCAUGCCUCCAUGGUAAGGAGCGGCGACUACUUUCUGUUUGAGAGCGACAGUGAGGAGGAAGAAGAGGAUAAAAGGGAGGAGGUAGAAGAGGAAGAGAAACAUCCUGAGAAAUCCGCUUUCCAGUUUGUCUAUCACGCCUGGAUAACUGACUCCAGAACAGCAUUGAGAGCUCGUCACAGUCAAAAGAAACUGUUGAAGAAGAACUUGUGUGAAGAACGGAGGGGAGAAAAGACAGCAAGAUGUGGAUCUACAGAAGUGAUGGAGGAGUCGGAGGAGGACGGAGAUGAAGACAAGGAGGAUGGACCAGAUACCAUCCUACAUCGGGUCUCCAGCAUCCUUCACUUUUGCUGGGUUCUGUUGUCGGCUCUGCUGGACUCAUUGACCUCUUGGCUCUGUGGUUUGUGUCGAGAACACGUCGACAUUUCCACCGUCCUCCGAAUGGAGCGCUGCAUGCUGACCCAGCAGGCCAAGCAGGGUCAAAUGCCAACCAGAGAGGCCAUCCAUGUCUACUACCAAGAACAGAUGAUAAGAAAUUCUAGAGAAUCGGGAUUAGACCAUGAGGAAGUGGGAUAUACAACAGGGAAAAGACAGCGUGAGGAGGAGGAGGCUCUAAGCAUGGAUACAGAUGAAGAGAGCCCAGAAUCAGGUGAACAAGCUCAAGCAGAACCUACAGGAAGUGGACUAGAACUCGGCUCCAGGGAGGAAGCAUUAGAGAUACUUCAAGCUACAAUAGAAGACGAUUCAGUUGUAGGCCUUACAAGUGAAGAUUACACAGAACUCAUUGUGGCUACAACCAGCCAGCGCCAACGAUCCAAACUUACCAGGAUGCAAAGGUUGACAUCAUCCUCGUUUUCUUCAUCCUCAGAAAAAGAGGAGCACAGCGCCGGUGAACCUCCAGCCUGCCUCUUGUGUCAGGUGUGCCCUCCGUCCUACAGUCAUGCUCUUGGCCUGAAUAUCCAGGCCAAAGAAGUUGAGCAGGACACUUCCAAAAAGAGGAGGCGAGGGACAAGAUCAGGAUUAAGGGAGAGGCAUCCGGUAUUUGAGACUACUGACUUACCGUCUGGUUGCACCUCUGCUUUCUGUCCAUUGUCAUCUCGUCCACAAGAGCUGACAGCGAGUGAGCUGCUGAAGAACAGGUCUUUCCACAACGAGGAGCUAGAGGCGUCAGACGGUUUCUAUGGCAACCAACCCCAACUGCUCCAGCUGUGCUACGCCAUCUAUAACAUUCUGGCUGCUAGGUCGGAGACAGUGUGCUACCUGGUCAUCGUCUUGAACCACAUGGUGUCUGCCAGCUGUCUAACCUUGGUUCUUCCUGUGCUGGUGUUCCUUUGGGCAACUCUGUCAGUUCCUCGACCUAGUAAGACCUUCUGGAUGACGGCAAUCAUCUACACAGAGGUCACCAUUGUGAUCAAGUAUUUUUUCCAGUUUGGCUUCUUCCCCUUUAACCAAAAACUGGAGGUGGACCGCUCCAAACCCUUCCACCCGCCUAACAUCCUGGGGGUGGAGAAGAAGGAAGGCUAUGUCCUGUAUGACCUUCUGCAACUGCUUGCUUUAUUCUACCACCGAGCCAUACUGAAGUGUCAUGGUCUCUGGGACCAGACUGCUGCUAUUGAUCCACAACAUCAUCUGACAAACCAGUCAGAAUUCAGUCCAUGUUCUACCCCGACCGACACAGUACGCUGGCGUGGUGGAAGUCACACUCGUUCUAGCUCAACCCAGCUGUGCUCUCCUGCAGGCAGUCUGAGUUCUAUUCAGAAACUCAGCAAGCUGGACCUUCUGCUGGAGAAGCUUACAGAACUUACAAUCCGAGUCAAGGUGUAUUGUUUUAGCAGGUGUAAGUCUUUCUACGGUCCAGUGCGUCAGUUCUUUCAAGCACUCGUCCAACCAGAAUACAGUGCUGUCACAGACGUUUAUGUCCUGAUGUUUCUGGCAGACACCAUCGACUUCAUCAUCAUCGUCUUCGGCUUCUGGGCCUUUGGGAAACACUCCGCAGCUGCCGACAUCACCUCCUCCCUGUCGGAAGACCAAGUUCCUGAAGCAUUCUUGGUGAUGGUUCUUAUCCAGUUUGGUACUAUGGUGAUAGACCGAGCUCUCUAUUUAAGAAAGACUGUUUUGGGAAAGUUGGUCUUUCAGGUGAUUUUGGUCUUAGGAAUUCAUUUCUGGAUGUUCUUCAUCCUGCCGACUGUCACUGAGAGGCGCUUCAAUCAGAACUUAGUGGCCCAGCUGUGGUACUUCGUCAAAUGUAUUUACUUUGGCUUGUCAGCCUAUCAGAUUCGCUCAGGUUAUCCAACGCGUGUUCUCGGAAACUUCCUGACAAAGAGUUACAACUACCUCAACCUGUUCCUGUUCCAAGGCUUUCGCCUGGUUCCUUUCCUGACUGAACUCCGGGCUGUGAUGGACUGGGUGUGGACUGACACCACUUUGUCUUUGUCCUCCUGGAUCUGCGUGGAGGACGUCUACGCCCACUGCUUCGUCCUAAAGUGCUGGAGGGAGUCUGAAAUGAGAUACCCUCAGCCUCGCGGCCAGAAGAAGAAGCGAGUGGUGAAGUACGGCAUGGGAGGUCUGAUUGUCCUGCUGCUGAUCUGCAUCGUCUGGUUUCCCUUGCUCUUCAUGUCCCUCAUUAAGUCUGUCGCCGGAGUCAUCAACCGGCCCCUGGAUGUCUCUCUGACUGUUACUCUUGGAGGCUUCCAGCCGAUCUUCACGAUGAGCGCGCAGCAGAAUCAGUUGAAGGACCUGACCGAGGACGACUUCAAAGCCUUCACCAGUUCCUACAGUUACACACCUAGUGCCUUGCAGUUCCUGGAGGCGUACAGUCACGAGGAUGUGACAGUAGCAGAGCUGCAGGGUAGCAGUAACUCCCUGUGGACCAUCAGUCCUCCCAGCAGGCGCUACCUGAGCCAGGUGCUCAACCUGGACCACUUCCCCCUUACCUUAUCCUGGACUGUACAGAGGAACUUAAGUCUUGGGGCAAAGGCCGAACUUGCCUCAGGGAAACAUGUGACCUAUCUGGAUGAUCAGACUCGUUUGGAACUGAUCCAGCUGCUGAAUGGUACCAGAACAUUUCCCGUCGUGAUUCAAGGCGUGCUGCCGUCUUUCCUGCGAGCUCCCAGCGACUCCAACGCCAAACCCAUCGAGCAGCUCUAUGCAGACGGCCUCUUCAAGGACAUUUUGUUGUCCCUGGAGCGGACAGACAAUGAGAGCCAAGAGAUCCAGGAGUGGUGGAUAGUUGAUCAACCAGCUUCCAGCCUGGUGCCUUUGGGAGGCGGAGUUUUAACGGAAUACAACAGAAGAGAGGCGGGGCUACAGCUGUUUGUUUUCAGCGAUAAAGUCAGUCCUCCCAGUCUGGGAUUCCUAGCAGGAUACGGCAUUAUGGGAUUGUACGCCUCAGUGGUGUUGGUCAUCGGGAAGUUCGUACGAGAAUUCUUCAGCGGGAUCAGUCAUUCAAUCAUGUUUGAGGAGCUGCCCUGCGUCGAUCGCAUCCUCAAACUGUGCACCGACAUCUUCCUCGUGCGGGAGACGGGCGAGCUGGAGCUGGAGGAGGAGCUAUACGCCAAACUGAUCUUCUUGUAUCGAUCGCCAGAGACUUUGAUCAAGUGGACCAGACGCUGACCUCAACUGACCUGCUGUGACGUCCUCCACUCUGAACUGUGAACAUGAAUUAUUUAAAGAGGGAGAUUACCCUUAAAAAAACUUGGAAAUUUAUUUCAGUGUUUAUGUUGUAAUUUACUGGAAAAAAAAGGGAAUAUCUCUGGAGACUUUACUGGAACCCCCAAACCUGCUGGUUGACCACUGAGCUGGUAAUUUCUGAAUUGAAGGGCUAAGAGUUGAUAAAGUGUGUUAACAAUAAAUAUAAAGGACAUAUCCGGGAAUAACUGGAAUUCUAAGGAAGUGACAGGAACCUAAGUAUGAAUGUGCACUAACGAUGAAAAGGAAUGAGGGGGCAGAGGUACUGUUGCCCACACAUUUCAAAAGAGUACCAUAAAUAAACCUAACAUUUCUCUGAC